CAUUUUCAUCAUGGCAGCCAUUAGGCCUAAAUUAAACUAGAUCUAGAUCUUCUAGAUCUAGAUCUAGAUCUAGAUCUAGAUCUAAAUUUGUUUUGAUAACAACUCACAUUGAAUGCUGAAUCAGUGAAUCACUCGUCACGAUUCUCAAGCUGCCAGUCGUCCCACUAGUUUGUCAUCAAUAUUAAUUUAAAAGAUAAAAAAAUAGUUCUAGGCCUGUAUUAUUUUCCUCAGAUCUACGUGAAAUCGGCCGAGGCUAGAAAUCUAAUCUAGUGAUGUGAAAAAGGUGAGUUUUCACCUUCUCACAAACCAUGGGAGACCCCAACAAUCCCAAGCCACUUUUAAAACCAGGCAAAGACAAAGGUGUUUUUGAUGUGGCAAUAACCAAGUUGCUCAAAGAUUUUACCAGUGCUGAACUCUUAACUCAGGAAGCAGAGCCUUCAUCUUCUGAUGACAAUAAAAACUCUAAAUUUGAUCAUGUCAUUUCUUCAAUGAAAUGCUUACAUCUGCGCAAACCAAAGCUGGCCAGGUAUCAAAGGCAGUGUGUUGUGAGAAAGAAAGGCUUAUCAAACACCUUAAACUUAGCUGUUGCAGCUAACAGCGUCCAAAGGCCCAUUGUUUGGCCCGCUAGACUUAGCUCGCAGGAUAGGAAAUCAAGCUCUGCUGUACUCUACCCACCUCGCCUAGACAUUGCAGGUACCAAGUCUGCCUUAACUUGUACUCAUCAGACCAAACUAGCUGAGAAAAGUUUGACCAACAAAGAACCAAAGUCAGAGCAGAAAAUAUUUGGCAGCUGUCAAUCAUCACUCUUGUCCUUCACCAGCCUGUCUGAAUCCAGGGCUGAGAAGUGCCAGGAGAAGGGAGAUAACUCUCCUGCUGGUGCUAGCUCCAAGUUGCUGACCAAGCGCCACACAACAGGACCACUCCCACCAGCUAAACAUGCCAGAACAAGCUGUAAUAGAACUGACACCUCUCCACAGAGGUUCUCAGGGUAUAGGAGCUCCUCCUCCAGUAGCACAGCCACCUCUUCACAGAACUUCUCAGGGUAUAGGAGCUCCUCACCUGGUACCACUGCCACCUCUUCACAGAACUUCUCAGGGUACAGAAGCUCCUCACCUGGUACCACUGCUGCACCAGAUGGCCUGGAAAGUUUGUCAGCCCUGUCUGCCCAAUUGACUGCCAUACAAAGCAGCCAGCCUGAUGGUGCCUUUAGCCGCUCAUGUUCUCAGGAGAUGAGAAUGGAAGAAACUAACGUCAACAAACUGGCCAGCUAUUUAGAAGAUUUCUUGCAUAUUCCUCGUAAAAUGUCAUCAAUGGCAGAGAUGAUGUAUGCCUGAGUUGUGCAGCUAGAUGUUGGGGGGAAAAAAAACAAGCAAAUAAUGAUUACUUAAAACUUUUACUAUUUAUUUUUUGAUUGAUUUAAAAAUAGUCCAAUUGUACGGACUUGACAUGUUAGAAAAUCUUGUCCAAAAAUUGUUCAUGAUAGUUUUUUUUUUACUCUUGUUAUAUAAAACAUGAAUAUUGGCCAGUAAUUUCUUUAUAAUUUAUAAUCAUGUUUAUUAUUAGGGUUGCAGAUACUUAGAGUCCAGAGAAAUUUUUAGGUGUCAGCCUCAAUACAUAUAUGUAAAUCUUGUAAUUUUGUGCUAGGGGAAAAUGUAUUUUCAAUGUCUGGUGUAGUGAAAAUAUUGGUAAGUAUGAAAUGACAGAAUAAUCUGAAUUUGGCCAACUUUGGCAUGGACUUCAUCUAAACAAAAUGUAUAACACUUGCAGUAAGAGGGGGGGGGGAGGCACUAGUUGUCUACAGAUUUUUUUUACCUACUCUGCAGCCCCUUUAUUUUGUUGACUUCAGCAUUUACUAAAUAACAGUGUCUUUGUUACUUUUGCUCAUUAAAGAUUUUUGGGUUAGCAACUCUCAACAAAUUUGUUUUGUAUGGUACAAGAAGUACACACAUUCAUCCUGCUAUGGUGUACAAGUCACGGUCACACCUGCAUGUCAGUAUCCCUGAACUGUGUACAAGUCACGGUCACACCUGCAUGUCAGUAUCCCUGAACUGUGUACAGUCACACAUGUAUGUCAGUAUCCCUGAACUGUGUACAAGUCACGGUCACACAUGUAUGUCAGUAUCCCUGAACGUUGUACAAGUCAUGGUCAUACAUGUAUGUCAGUAUCCCUGAACAGUGUACAAGUCACGGUCACACAUAUAUGUCAGUAUUCCUGAACUGUGUACAUGUCACGGUCACACAUGUAUGUCAGUAUCCCUGAACUGUGUACAAGUCACUGUCACACAUGUAUGUCAGUAUCCCUGAUCUGUGUACAUGUCACGGUCACAUGUAAGUAUCCCUGAACUGUGUACAAGUCAUAGUCACACAUGUAUGUCAGUAUCCCUGAACUGUGUACAAGUCACGGUCACACAUGUAUGUCAGUAUCCCUGAAAAGUGUACAAGUCACGGUCACACAUGUAUGUCAGUAUCCCUGAACUGUGUACAAGAAACUUUCAUUUAUCCCUGACCAUAAGAACACAUUCAUAUAUCCCAGUUUGGCGUACACGUUUACUCUUGUAUACCUGUAUGAUGUACACGUCAAGUACACAUUCGCUUAUCCCUGUGUGGUAUACAAGUCAAGUUUACUCUUGUAUACCUGUAUGAUGUACACAUCAAGUACACAUUCGCUUAUCCCUGUGUGGUAUACAAGUCAAGUUUACUCUUGUAUACCUGUAUGAUGUACACGUCAAGUACACAUUCGUUUAUCCAUGUGUGGUGUACAAGUCAAGUUUACUCUUGUAUACCUGUAUGAUGUACUUAUACACAUUUAAUUCUGCCUGUGUGGUGCACAAGAAACAAUGCAUGUAACUCUGUUAGUAAAAAAAAAUAAAAUCCUUAUUGAGUGAAUCAUUUACCAGACAUGUUUACAAUACUAGUGUUAGCCUAAAAUUUCUCCAAACGGAGAAUGGAGAAGAUAGGAUUAUUAGGAUGUCAUUGGUUAUUUUAUUGAUAAACUACUACCCUUGCUACUGGUUAUUUGUACAUCUUGAAGGCUUGCUCUAGCAAAAGGUUACUCUGCCUCUUUGACUGGAAGUUGACAGUUAAUGAUUUGUUGUCCAAUAUUAAAAUAUGCAAAUCUUGUCUUGAUUAAAAACAUCUGAAUAUU